CAUGAGUCACGAUACUUUUAUUCAAACAUAAUAUACUUGUUCUUGUACGAAAUACGGAUCAUAUUAUGAUCAUAUUCUUUUUUUCAUUUUUGUUUAGUAAACAACUUUAAAUUCCUUACAGACUAGUAAAGUUUAUUUAAAAAUUAUUCAUAAGUUUAUUGUUAUAUAUGUUGUAUAGUCUAAUAUGAUUUGAAAGACUGAGUUACUGUAAAUUAUAAAAUUUUAUAAUUCUUGAUUAUAAACAAUCUACAAUAAUGUCAGAUAAUUUUAGUAUCUUAAGCGAUAUUUCGCCUGUUUUUCGACCAUAUAUUCAAAGUAUAUAUCAGGAUUUAAAGCUAGGACUAUGUAAGACAAAAAUUGAUUUAGAGAGAAUAUCUGGAGGUACAGAUUCAGUUGAAACACAGCUUCGUUUAGUGCUCCCUUAUUGUUCAAAGAAAUUAAAGUGGGAGGUUAUAUUUGAUUCCUCAACACCAUGGUUUGCCCCAGAUUUUAGGUUUGAUGAUGAUAAUUUUCUCUCAAAUGCUGAUGAAGAAUUUUUAAGUAAGGAAAUUCCGAGUCUUUGUCAAUGGAAUUCAAAUGACCCAAAAGCUUUAUGUGGAGUUAUAUCUGAACUUAUAAAUUUAUAUAAAAUUUACCAGGUUAGGAAGCUUAAUGAAGAUGAUAGUUCUAGAGCUGCUUUUGAAUACAGUGCUUUACUAGGCAAUGCAUUAACUACUGAAGAAGAUGUGGAAGUAUGGGUGGGUGCACACAUUGUAGAGUUUCUAAUCAAACUGAAAAUUAAUACAACAAAGUUACCUGAAUUAUUUAAUGAAAGCUUAGACAUAAAUCCUGGUAUAGAUACAGCACUUCUACUAGUACGAUAUCCAAACUCUACAAAUGCGGAGCUGAUUCUUUCACCCUUUCUUUCUAAAGUUCUUGGAAACAUAACAUUACCCCUGAUGCAUCAAAGUGGUGUGCUUAUGGAUUAUGUACCAAUGGUUACCAAUCUUUUAAAUAAUAAGAUUCAGGAUAUAAUAAACAAUGACAGAGUUAAACGUGAAUUGUUAGCUCAACUAAUAAUUAAGUAUGAAGGUGCAAUAUUAGAGCAUGACGGAACAAGUGCGGCAUUGUUGUUUCAAACAAAUGAUUUUCACUGGAUACUGCAGAUUGAUAUUGAUGCAAAUUUUCCAGAAAAGCCUCCAGUCUUAACACUCCGCUCUGUAUAUCACAGCUCUAAAGGGAAGCCAAAAUUUAAAGUGUUGUCAAAUUGUCCACACAAUAACUUUGAAGCAUACAUUGAACAGCAAGUUGAAAUAUUUAAGAAUGAAUGUAAAGGAAUAACUGCAAGCAGCCAUCCUGUUGUUAAUAUUGAUAAUUAAAUUUAUGAUAUUUAUAAUUUAUUUAAAUCCUAAUUAGUCACAACAUUUUACAUGUUUAUCACUUUUUUGCUACAAAUUUCUUAGUUAUAAUACUACUUAACCAUGCAUUAUAAACUAAAAAAACAUUGAAUAAAACAACAUUCAAACUUUU